AUGGACCCCGCCCGGCGCACCGCCCGGGCUCCGGGGGCCCCGUCCCGGAGGCCUAAGAAGCGGGAGCAGCCCCAGGAGAAGGAAGCCGACCCCCUCCUGCCAAAUGAGAGAAGCUUUCAGAUUGCUGCUAAAAGCAAUAAUUUGGACCUUAUGGAGAAGCUGUUUGAAAAAAAGGUCAACAUUAAUGCUGUGAACAUUAUGAACCGUACAGCCCUGCAUUUUGCAGUUGGAAGAAAUAAUAUCUCUGCGGUGGAUUUCUUGUUGAGCCACAAGGCCAGGGUGGAUGUUGCUGAUAAGCAUGGCUUGACUGUAAUUCACCUUGCAGCCUGGUCUGGAAGCUUCGAGAUCAUGCUCAUGCUGGUUAAAGCAGGAGCAGACCAGAGAGCCAAGAACCAGGAUGGAAUGAACGCCCUGCACUUCGCAGCUCUGAACAAUAGCAUGAGCGUCGUCGAGUACCUCAUCCAAGACCUGCACCUGCAGGACCUGAACCUGCCGGACGAGAGAGGGAGAAAACCAUUUCUUCUGGCAGCUGAGAAGGGUCACGUUGAAAUGAUUGAAAAGCUCAUCUUCCUUAAUCUACAAACUUCAGAAAAGGACAAGGAGGGAAACACGGCCUUGCACCUGGCUGCACUCCACGGCCACAAUCCAGCUGUGCAGGUGCUGCUAACUCAGUGGCAAGAAGUGAAUGAAACCAAUGCGAAUGGAGAAACACCAUUCUUUUUGGCUGUGGAAGGAGGUCAUGAAGAAUGCAGCAAAGUGCUCCUAGCAGCAGGAAGUGACGUGAACGUGACAAAUAAACUCCAAGUCAAUGCUUUGCAGAGAGCAGCCCGGAGUGGCCACGCGUCCCUGGUCCACCUUCUUCUCAGUGAGAGCGUUGAUCUGCACCCCCGGAGCAACCCUCGGGAAUCCCCACUCCACUUAGCAGUUAUGCACAACCACAUCACAGUUAUAAACAUCUUACUAAGGGCACAGCAUGAUACAGACAUCUUAGAUCAGAGGCGGCGGACCCCGCUGCACAUCGCGGCAGACCUUGGGAACGUGGAGGCCGUGGAGGCCCUGCUGCAGGCCGGCUGUGACCUGAGGCGCUCGGACGAGCAAGGAAAGACUGCCUUGGAUGUGGCUUCCAGAAGCGACCACAGCCUUGUGGUGGACAUGCUCAUUAAAGCCGAGCGGUACUACGCCUGGAGAGAGGGGCGUGAGGGGAGAGCUGGGGAGCCCGCGGCAGGCUUCGCGCCGACCUUCAAGCAAGACCACAGCCCAGAGACCAGAGCCAUCCGCGCGCGCCUCUGGAGCCUGGCGUACCGGCGGCUGCGGGUUCACCAGUGGCAGAGGUUGGCCCGCGCGUGGGGCUUCACCGAUGACCCCAUCAGAGCCAUCGAGGCACAGUGGUCGGGACGGCAGAGCUUCCGCGCGCACGGCCACCGGGCUCUGCUCAUCUGGCUGCACGGGGCGCUGGCCACGCAGCCCCACCCUGCCAGACAUCUGCACGAGGAGCUGGCGCGCGCGGGCUUCCCGCAACUCGCCGAAAAGAUUCGCCAAUCCAAAAGCACAUCUGACUCCAGCUCCAAGAGAUGUGUGGUUUCCUAAAUGCCCAAAGAAACUUCUUUGAAUACACCCAGCAUCUGGUUCUUCCAAAUUCAGUCCCGUUUGUGCCAUGACUUUCAUUCAGCAGUGUUGAUUUUUCCCUUCAGCGAUGAAGAUCGUGGUGACAAAGAAGCUGGACUUUUAUACUUCCCAACCACUGGAAAGGCCUAUUUUCUUUUUGGUUUUUGUUCAAGGCGUGUUGUGUGUGACUCUCAUUUCUGUCAAUGGCACAGCCUAUAAACACGCUAAUCUAGGAGGGCUUUGUUCAUAUUUAAAAAUAAAGCAGCCUGGUGGCAUGGGGAAAACUAAGGGUUGGAAGAGAUAGAUGUGGUUUUGAGACUGGGGUUUCUACUGAGGACCUAUGAGGCCUGGGAGUUGAUGUAAGUUCUCAGAUCUUGAAUUUCCAUCUGUAUAAAAUGAGAGAACUGUCUCUUCCAGAGGUGAGAGGGAAGAUGAAGAAAGAACACCUGUGAGCACCUGAGCUAGAGUCACUUUUAAUUAUUUAACAGAAAUUGUUUGAAAACAGACACUGGUAACUUUGAAUCGUAGGGAAGUAUGAUGUAUUACCCGGCAAAGUCCAGAAAUAUACCAAUA